CUGCAUAUCGGUUUACUCACUUACUGCCUACUGCAUAUCGGUUUACUCACUGAGUGCCUACUGCAUAUCGGUUUACUCACUGAGUGCCUACUGCAUAUCGGUUUACAUACUUACUGAGUGCUCGCUUGCCUCAAUUAAAAGUAAAUAAAUCUGUUAAACAGUAAAUCAACUUUGUAUUUCCUAACCUAGGACAAUAGUAGUAGUGUGUGAGUCUCAGUGAAGUUCUCCCUCAGCUUUAGGACCCCAGAGGAUCCAAACCUAGCCAUUAGAGUUGAAAAAGGCCCUCCCGCUAACUGCCAUGUUAAAAAUAUCUAUCCAACUUAUUCUCUGGUUACAUAAACCUAUCCAGCUAACUGCCUGGUUACAUAAACCUAGACAGGACAUUAGUCUAUCCCAGGACACUAGUCUAUCCCAGGACAGGACACUAGUCUGUCCUAAGAGCUGACUCCACUAAUCCUGGUUCAAUAGUUUUGGGGCCAGUUAAGUCCAAUAAGGUUUAAUUGGUUGAACCUAACCCUGCCAGUUGUAUGGGGCCAGUUAACUGAAGUUAAAUGGUUCAGGUUUAAAUGGUGUGUUGUUUCUGUGUUUCCACUCUGCUGCCGGCCUCUGUCAUCUGGAAGGACUGUUACCCUUGUUGUCUUGGCAACAGUUCCCAGGUCAACAACAAGUGUGACGACCUGCCGAAGCCCAAGACCACAGAGGUUCUGCAGAAGGGGGUGGAGUCGGUCCAGGUGUACUCGGCCUCCGAGGAGCGGCAGGAGGGGCGGCGCUGGAGAGUGUUCCGUAUAGGAGACCAGGAACACAAAGUCGACAUGAAGGCAAUAGAACCCUACAAGAGGGUCAUCAACCACGGAGGUUACUAUGGAGACGGCCUGAAUGCCAUCAUAGUGUUUGCCGUGUGUUUACAUGCCUGAGAGCAACCAACCCAACUACCGCUCACAUCAUGGACAACCUCU